AAAUUGUGGACAGUUUUUUAGGUUAUCUAUGGUUAUUUUGUUGUUGUUUUUUUUUAAAGUGACCAAGAUUCACAUCCUGUAAACUUGGUUCUCAUAUUUUUGGACCUUUCAUUUGUUUUUCAUUUUACGAGGGCAUUUUCAAGAAAGGUAACAUGUUCUCUUUUCUCUGUACGGCUGUGAAAUAGUGUACGUUUUAUUUUCAGCACUAGAACAUCAUUCAUUCGAAUUUUGAUAUUUCUGUGAUGGAUGGGAAGACGUUUUUACGACUAUGUUUCUGGAUCAUUCUUGCCAGGUGUUGCCAUACUUUGAACCUGACAUUUUACUGUUCAGACGUCCACAGCUAUGAACAGCAUGACUUGUAUGAAAACGGAAUUAGACUCGACAUGAAAACAGCCAUCGUCUUUCAAACAAAAGGCAUGCAUGACGCCCACGUGUUGUUACAAAAAAAUCAUAGUGAUGUUGUCAACGAUAUCGUUGAAAUUGUGCUUGGUGGUUGGAGUAAUACCCGGUCAGUUAUGAGGAACCAAAUAUUUGGUCAAGCUUUAUCAACAUAUUACGGUCCCGUUCUAAACAACGAGUAUCAGUGGUUUUGGAUAUCCUGGGAUGGUGGUUGUGUUCAGGUAGGAAACGGAAGUAAGAUCGGUUCGAACAUAAUGAUGAAUUGGUGUGGCCUAAAUCAUUCAGUCGCUGCAAUGAGUAUUAGCUAUGGUUUUGGAAGUGAUGGCUAUUUCAAAUUACCUAAGAUGGGUUGCGGAACACCCGAGGAGAUUGCUCAUGGUAACACCUCUUAUUCUGGGAUCGGUGAAGGAGAUAUGGUAACUUACACGUGCAAUGCUGCUUACAUCAUCACGAGCGAUCCCGCCACCCGUACAUGUAUCGGUGAUCAGUGGUCCGGAAGCCCGCCUACUUGCGCAGAGAUUAUUUGCAAUCCCGACAACAGUAUUGAUGUAUUCAAUCUUCCCGCGGAUUAUUAUUACCUUGCUAUGCAGGAGAACGCAACAGGAGGAUCUGAUAUACAGUGUAAUGUUGCAGAUAUCAACUCAAACGCUGUGACAAUCACUGGUUGCUCUAAAGAUUUACCUAUUCUGCUCACCUUUGGAACCUACAGUGGAAUUGAAUUUUACACCAUGCAUGGAGGAAAAUCUAUGGUUACUGUAACGAUAGAAUGUAGCGAAAUACCGGAGACCGGCAACGUGGGUGCAAUAAACAACACGUUCAAUGCAAAUUUGACAGACGUUGACAAGAAAAACAUUAAGCCAACAUUUCAAGUGACAGCUUCUUUGAAUCUAACAUCAGUCAUAGUUGGUAACCCUGUCGCUUGGACCAUCAGCUUUCCAAUGGAAUAUAUCCUGGAAGUUACUAGCUGUGUAGGGUAUCCUGGAACUGACGACCAGUCUUCUACUUCAGUCAGUUUGAUUUCCAGUGGAGGGUGCAGUUCUACCAGUCAUCUCAUCACUCAUUUUUCAGACGGCUUGAACGGUACAGCCACUGCGACACUAUAUCUGUUUUUCCCCAGCUUUACCCAUUUGAUAUGA